AUGGACAUCUCGAAGGCAGGCAACACAGCCGCAGCGGUCAAGAUGCUGAUGUCAGCGCUGGAGAGAUUUCCUCGCAAUGUGCGCAUGCUGACAUCAGCGGCCGUGCUUGAGGGAAAGCGCGGUAAUGUAGCUGAGGCACGCACGCUGUUCAACCGGGGACACCUCAUCGAGCCAUCAAACGCUGUCCUGCUGCGGGCAUGGGCGGCUCUGGAGGGGAAAAGAGGCGAGCCCAAAAAGGCGCAGCGGCUUUUUGCCGCUGCGGCAAAAGCCGAGCCGGGCAAUCCCAUGCUGCUGACAACUUGGGCAGCGUAUGAGAAGCGGCGGGGAGAUGCAGCGAAGGCGAGGGAAUUGUACUCUGAAGCGCUGGAAGCGGAUGCCGGCCAUGUGGCAUCGCUGCAGGCUCUGGGGGUGAUGGAGGGUGAGGCGGGCAAUGUGGACAAGGCGCGAGAGUUCUUUGAUCGGUCCACCAAAGAGGACCCGACCCACGUGCACUCCUGGCAGGCGUGGGCGCUGCUGGAGUGGCGGGCGGGGAAUUAUGAGCGCGCGAGGGAGAUAUUCGAGCAGGCAGGGAAAAAUUGCGCGCCGCAUGCGCCGUUGUGGGCCGCAUGGGCACAGGUCGAGGCGCAGCGGCAGCAGCUGCCGGCGGCCCGGCGUCUGUACAACAGAGCCCUGCGCGCGGAUGCCAACCACCUGCCCUCCAUUGUAGGACUGGCAGUUCUGGAAGCCAGGUCAGGGAAUGUGACACCGGCGCUGCGGCUGUACCGGCGCGGGCUGGCCAUCGAGCCCGGCAAUGUGCAGCUGCUGCAUGCGGCAGCGCAGAUGCAGAUGCAGCAGGGGCAGUCUGAGGAUGCGCGCAAGCAGCUGGAGAAAGUGAUUGAAGCGGAGCCGUCCAAUGGGCACGCGUGGCACUCGAUGGGCAUGCUGGAAGAACAGCAGGGGAAACUGCAGGAAGCGCUCGAUUGCUUCAGCCGGGGACAGCAAUCCGAUGACGCGGCGGGGGCGCUCUUGAAUUUCGAGGCAGCUGCGCGGGUGGAGGAGUUUUCUGGCCGGCUGGACGACGCGCGACGGCUGUACCGGGCCGGCAGGGAGGCGGCUCGCGAUGCCAGGAGAAAUGAGUCAGCCGUGAGCCCGCGCUUCCUGCGCGAGUGGGCGCUGUUCGAAAAGCGUGCCGGCAACCUGGAGGAGGCAGCGGCGCUCUUUGCAGACGCGGCAGCGCAGAACGCAAACGAUGAGCGGACCUGGCUGCAGUUUGGAUUGCUAGAAAGGCGGCGGGGGCAGUGGGUGUCUGCCAGAGAUUGCUUUGAGAAGGGCAUCGAGUGCGCGCCACACAACCCCUACAUCUACCAGGCGUGGGCUGUCCUGGAGAAGAUGGCAGGGGACAAUGACGCAGCGAGAGACAUCUUCAGACAGGGCAAUACCAGCUGCCCCAAGCAUGCACCGCUGCUGAUGGAGUGGGCGCUGCUUGAGGCGGAGGAGGGGAAUGACGCGAUGGCUAGGGAGCUGUUCAGCCAGGGGGCAGCUGCCGGGCAGCCGCACCUGCCCUUACUAAGCGCAUGGGCCAGCUUCGAGGAGCAACGCGGCAGGAAUGGAAUGGCAGCCAACCUGCGCCAGCAGUACGAGGCGGCGCAGGAAGGGGCAAAAACUAUUGAGAAGGGGACGAAGCCGAAAACCCUGAGGCCAAAGAAGGAGCCAGCAGCGAAGCAGAGCCAGGGAGAGAACAGAUCGAGCAGAGCCAAGGACCAAGCAGAGCAAGCGAGGGAGACAGAGCAGCGAAGAGAGAAGGAAGUGCAGAGAAAGAAUACCCACACAGGGAUGAAUUUGUUCCUGGGAGGCCCUUUCAGCCACAGAAGCAGCGCAGAGACAGGCGCAUGGCAGGCCAAAGGCAAACAGGCUGAAGUUGUGUGA